AUGAUGACUCAGCAAAAAUUGAAAUACAUUCUCUACCUCGCUCAUACGGCCCAGUUAGAUAGCUUAGUUGCUGAAAUAAAGCCACAUAUCAUCACUAUUGUGGAAACUUGGCUAAAUCCAGAUGUCUCUAUUGCGCUAGAAAACUAUGCUAUUAUUCGUAGAGACAGAGGACUUAUUGAUAAAUCUGGACGCUACAUAAGAGGUGGUGGCCUGGCUUGCUUUAUUCAUAAGUCAUUAAAAUCAAGAGUUCUGUACACUUCGGUUGCAGAUCACCUAAAUCAACCGGAAUUCGUACUAAUUGAUGUGUCAAUGGAUACAGGGUCUCAUAUUCUAUUAGCAGGUAUCUACAGAAGGCCUCAAGGUUAUCUCUUGGAUAGUUUUCUUACUGAGUUUGGGAAGCUAUAUCCACACUAUAAUAAUAUAAUCAUCACUGGGGACUUAAAUUGUAAUUUUCUUAAAACUGAUCGUCUAGCUUGUCAUCUACAGUCGUUCAUAACUGAGUUUGCUUUAUAUUGUGUACCACAUGGUCCAACUUAUCAUACAAAUGGAGUUGAUUCGUGGCUGGAUGUUAUUAUUGUCGACAAUGAAGACAAAAUCAGAAAUUACUCUAAAUCCUCAGCGCCCUACAUUGGAGGUCAUGAUUAUAUUUUUGUGGAGUACAAGCUUGAGCACCCAAAAAAGUGUAAUAAAGUAAAUAAAUACCGUGAUUUUAGAAACUGCGAUCACUUGGCUCUCUCACAGUCUCUAAAUAUUGAGUUAAAUGUAAAUAAUAUUGAUGUUGAUAGCUUAGAUCCAAAUGAACUUACUUCUUACUUUUUAACUGUAGUAUCAAAUUAUCUAGAUAUUUAUGGACCUUUCUCGGAGAGAAAGAUUAGUCGUCCAAGUAAUCCUUGGUUAACCAAGGAACUAAAGAAUAAACUAAAAUAUCGAGAUGCUAUCUACAAACAAGCGCGUAGGAGUGGUGACCAGAGUCUUCUAAACUACUACAAAAAACUUAGGAGUGAAUUAAAAGUUAAAUUAAAUGCUGAGCGUGACAAGUAUUUUACCAAUAUUCUAGCCGAAGAAUCAUAUGGUUCCUCAAUAUGGAAAAAACUUAAACAACUAGGUCUCAUAAAACCAAAGCAGUCAUCACCAUUGGAUCACUUUAGUGCCGAUGAAUUAAACAACUUCUAUGCUACUACUCUGACUAAGCAUCCAUCUUGCAGUAGAGAGUUCGUGCAGGAUCUACUCUUACAUUAUAUUAAAAAGGUAGACUGCGAGUUUCACUGGUCUAAAAUCGACAUUGUUGAUGUCACAAAAAGUUUGCAUCUUACUAUUUCUAAAUCUGCUGGGAAAAGCCCAGAUGGAUUGGACUUGAAAUGGCUGAGAGAUCAUCUUGCGCAGAUCUCAUUGUUCAUGACUGCUAUUUUCAAUCGCUCAUUGGAGACUAGCAUCUUUCCAGAAGCAUGGAAGUCUAAGACUAAGGUGAUGAUUCUAGGUAGCAACCGGAAGCUUAAGUUACUUGAAGCCUGCCACGUUCCAGAUAUUAAAAUUGAUGGAAAUAUCAUCCCUUAUGUAAACGCAGCUAAACAUCUCGGGUUGCAUAUCUCAAACGACCUCUCGUGGGAUGCCCACAUUUCACAACUAUCACGCAAAGCUUAUGCCACAAUAAAUAGCUUAAAAUAUAGAAAAAACAUACUUUCCAUGCCUUGCCGUAAAUUACUAGUCACAACCAUGCUUCUACCAAUUAUCGAUUAUUGUUCUAUAGUUUACUUAGACCUAUCAAAACGACUUGAUAAGAAGCUACAACGGAUAGUAAAUAACUCUAUAAGAUUUAUCUUUAAUAUAAAAAGAGAUGAACAUAUUACACCUUAUAGACACACUCUAAAAUGGCUUAGUGUUAAAUCGAAAAGAGAAUACCUUCUGGCGUGUCUGACGUAUAAAAUCUUGGAAACUGGUGGACCAAAGUUUUUGCGGCUCUUAUUCAUAGAUGAAGAUCUUGAUAUCAGGAGAUCAAACAGACUUGCAGCAAAAAACAAUAAUAUAUUCAAAAUGCCAAAUUUUUCUACCGCCUUUUAUGAGCAUUCGUUUUUGGUAUCAGCUAUUCGUCUGUGGCAGGAAUUACCAACAGAAAUUACAAAUUCAUCGUCACUUCAAAUUUUCAAAAAUAAAGCAUAUGAAUUUUUUAUGAAUAAAGAAGCAAGCUCUUGA